AUGGCACUCCGAUCACCACGAACCCUAACGCUAGACAUCGGCCUGAGACGAGAAUUUACGUGCAUUUUUACUAUCGCGGAUGUUGCAAUGCCGAUUAUAGGAGCGGACUUCUUAACCCAUUACAAAUUAUCGGUUGAAUUGGCGUCACAAACUUUAACUGACACUAGCACUAAUCUACAACGUUGCGGUUUCAUUUCCAAGUAUUCGACAAUCGGUCUGACGACUGUUAUACCUACAGCCAAUGGCUACGAUGAGAUAAUACGUCAGUACCAAUCGCUACUGUCACCGUCAAACAACAAAAAUGAACCUGUGAAACACCACGCCACUCAUAGUAUUAAGACCACAGGACCUCCAGUUCAUUCUCAACCUCGCAGACUCCAUCCGAGUAAACUAAAAAUAGCUCGUGACGAAUUUGACAACAUGCUCAAACUUGGUGUAAUCCGUCCUUCAGCCAGUCCUUAUGCCAGCCCUCUACAUAUGGUUGUUAAAGCUGACUCAGCUAGUUGGCGUCCGUGCGGCGACUACAGGUUACUAAACGCGCAGACCGUCCCGGACAAAUACCCAAUCCCACAUAUUAAAGAUUUCGCCCUUUCGUUGGAAGCGUUCAUAGUAACUGUUACUAUGGGGACGGUGAGUAAGUUACGAGAAGUUACGAUGAUUGCCGAACAUCGGCGACACAACCAUAGCAACACUUCAAUAACAUUGUUUUUUUCCUUUCUUCUUCUGUUCUAUUUCUUUCUCUUCUCUCUUUUCAAUUGCUUUUUUUUGUUCAGUAAAACAAAUAUUUAG